GUAGAGUCUAAAUAAUGGAUUUAAGCAUACAUUACCUCAUCAUAUUUUGUUCCGAAUUUUAAUGCAGAUUGGACUUUUGACAGCUUUUGAGGAAAUGUUCUGUGUUUAUGCAGGUUUACGGGAAUGUCACUUUUGGUGCUGAGUUGGUCCAGACCACAGAUUUGAGGGGGAGGGCAGUGAAACUUUAGAGGAAAUGGGUGUUGAGAACUCCUCCUACAUCUAAGCCCACAUUCCUCUUCUUUCCAAGUUUGGGAGCUGAAACGUCUGUGAGGACGGAAAGAGCACAGAGGGAGGAUAACAACAACGGGCAGUGGUUUCCCUCUAUGGACAGAGCUGGUGUGAGGCACUGAAGCUGAAGGGAUACCAGACUCUUCCCUCAUCUCCGAGCAGCCAUGGUCUUCCUGCUCAUAUUCCUAACCGUGCUGCAUCUGGUCACCUUGGCCAUGCUCCUCAUCGCCACCCUGGAGAAGUCCUGGUGGAUAUGGGAUGAAAUGGAAAUCACAGACCUCUGGUAUAACUGCUUCCAUGAUAAUGCCACAAACACCUGGAUGUGUGCUGCUACCAAUGAAAGUGACUGGCUGCAGUCUGUCCAGGCCCUCAUGGUCCUCUCCGUGGUCUUCUCCUCCAUCUCCUUCCUGGUUUUCCUCGGUCAGCUGUUCACCAUGUCCAGAGGAGGACUCUUCUACUUCACAGGCCUCUGUCAGGCCUUUGCAGGUUUAGCAGCCUUCGCUGCCUGCCUCAUCUUCACCUUCCACAGAAAGGAGAUCUUAAGUGACUCCAGAGAUCUGAGCAAAGGACGCUUCGGCUACUGCUUCAUCCUGGCGUGGCUGUGUGUCCCUCUCCUCCUGGUCAGUGGAGUCCUCUACGUCCACCUGCGCAAGAAGCAGUGAGCCAAAACCAGAAAGGAUGGAAAAAAAACUAAUAAGUGCUAAUCACUUUACAAUUAACAGUACUAAGCGCACACGAGGAAAUGAUGACUGAGAAGGAAAUAUCUCUUUAAAUGAUACAAUUCUGUUUACUUUCUGGCUCUGUAUCCAUCCACCCUACCGUGCUGCAAGGUAUGCAGGACAUCAUGUCAUCAUGGUGUGAGACAUGUUGUCACUCAAUACCAGAUCAAGAUAACUAAAUCUCAGUCAUGCUGUAAGAUACACAUAUUCAUAUGUUACAGGAAGGAUUCUGAUAUAGGAAUAUUAGGUAAUGAACGCAUAACUUGUGCUUAAUGUAUGAUUGUUUUUUGUGUAUUUUGUGUAUAUAUCUCUGUUUACUUAUUAAAAAAGCAAUACACUGAU